GCAGCAGACACACCACUUUUACUCACUCACGACCAGCUACGAUCAUGUCCUCGUUAACAACGCCAACGGCGUCGGGGACACCUUCAGCGACUACCUCUUCAGCAAGCAGCUCCGUUCAGGCUCCAGCUAACCUCAAGGUUAUCGGGAUUAUCCUCGCCAUCGCGAGUGGUCUUCUCAUUGGGACCAGUUUUGUCUUCAAAAAGAAAGGAUUGCUGCGCUCGCAGGCCGGGCAUGCUGCGGGUGAGGGUGUCGCAUAUCUUAAAUCACCACUAUGGUGGUUAGGCAUGACAAUGAUGAUUCUCGGAGAGCUCUGUAAUUUUGCUGCCUAUGCAUUUGUCGAGGCACUGGUUGUUACACCUCUUGGUGCUUUAUCUGUUGUAAUAUCUGCAAUACUUUCGUCAAUCUUUCUCAACGAGAAACUCACUUUUUUCGGCUGGCUUGGCUGUGGGCUUUGUAUCAUUGGAUCUGUCAUCAUCGCUUUAAAUGGACCACAAGAAAAAACAGUCAGCCAAAUCGUAGAAUUCGAAAAGCUCUUUAUUGCCCCAGGGUUUUUAGCGUAUGCUAGUACUAUGAUCGCCAUUUCGCUUUCUAUAGUAUUUUAUUUUGGGCCGAAGUACGGGAAAAAGAGUAUGUUAUGGUAUAUUACGGUAUGCAGUACUAUUGGUGGCAUCAGCGUUAGUGUCACCACAGGCCUUGGUUCGGCUAUCGUGGCGACUGCAAUGGGAGAUAAUCAGUUCAACCACUGGUUCAUAUAUUUCUUGUUUGCGUUCGUAGCUGUAACUCUAUUGACAGAAGUGUAUUAUUUGAAUGUAGCCCUUGCAUUAUUCAAUACCGCCAUGGUUACUCCCACUUACUACGUUAUCUUCACAUUCUGUUCCAUGGUCACAACUAUAGUUCUUUUCCAAGGGUUGAGCGCCUCUGUUAGCCAAAUUAUAACAGUAGUCCUCGGCUUCCUAACAAUCUGUGUGGGCAUCACCAUCCUACAAAUGUCCAAAGUCGACCCCACUCAGCUUUCCAAGCUCGACCGACGGUCAACGAUUCUACUACAAGCCUCUCGCCAGAACACCGAAGCGGAAGAGAAAUCUAUAGCUGGCACAGAGGAGCCGGGUAUCGAUGCACUUCGCGGUUCGUUUGGCACGGUGGGCAGUAUUAUACGUGCGAGGACUGCGAGGAGAUUGAGUCAGUCGACGCGCGGUACCAGCUCCCUUCGUUCCCGUUCUGGCGUGCUGUAUAGACCAGCUGGUGAUAUGGAGCAAGGACAGUGGUCGCCCGGGCACCACCCUGACCCUUCCCUGGACGGGAUGAAGCGGCAUCAGCUGUAUGACGCGCCCGUACCGAGAGACCCCGAAGUAGAACGGGUGUCUUCCUUCUCCUCAGCCUCCACCCCCCAACCAUACAGCCCUCGCCAAACCACCAUCAAAUUUGGAGCUGAAGAUCUCGUACAUUCAUAUCAUAUUCCCGGUACGGGAGAUGACAGCGCGACCCACGAGCGCCGAACUACAGUCCGUGAAAGCCCCUCGCACACAGAUAUCAAAUCGCCAUCCCCGCUAUCUUACCCUCCGACGGGUCCGGUUGUCGCGCCUGCGACGCCGACGAACCCGUUCUCGCAGUCAGUGCCUAUACCUCCGCGCAUGAACGAUGAGCCCAUAGCGCCUAGAUUGAACACCACUUUCGCGAGCACGAAACCCAGCGAUCCCUUCCGGUCACCAUCCUCACCCAUCAUGUCUGCUGAAUCCUCGACGACUGAGUCGUUGGGAGGCGCUCCGCGGUGGUAUGGAAGUGACGAAGAGACUAAUAAUUCCUCGCGACACUCUGGCCGCGGUGCAAGGAAAUACCCUCGUGGCGAGGAUGAUAGAGAGGAGAGCAUGAGUCUGUGGCGGGCUCCGUCUAUAGACGAGGAUGAAGAUGUUCAUCAAAACCAGGGUGGAAUCAGGCUCGUGAAACCUAGCUCGAGUACGAGAUUCUGAUAAAGUGAUACCUAUUUCCACUGGCGUAUCGAACGGACAUGAGAACUGCGGGUCAGGAUGGUUCAAUACAAACCUUUGCUUGGAAUCGGGUGUUGUUAGUUUUUCUGGACAGUCGCGGUACAUGUAAAGUAAUUAUGGGUGGCAUAUAGGUAUUUAAUGCGAGACCUUUGUUUUUCACGCGUUAUCUCUUGUACUGCGUCUACGACUUUUUCUUUUUCUUUCUUUCUUCCCUACGAGACAUUCGGAAUGGACGCGUUUCGUUGCUUC